CGGCUUGAGAAAAUACCACAGAGCACUCUCAGCUCUACCUGAUGACUACACAGAUCUGUUAUACUCCUGGCUGAGUGCAGGACAGCUCACACAGUGGCCGCUGCUGAAAAAGGGGUUAUAUCUUUUCCAAGGAAAGAUUGGACAGUCACCUCUUUAACACAGAUACUCUUCUUUAUAAGCGUUGGAUGGGUGCACUGAGGUCACAAAGGGAUGGAUAUGAUCAUCAACAAUACUCAGCCCUCAAAUACGGAUAUCACCGCUUCACUGCACAGAAAUGUCCUGUCGCUGGGUGUGUGGUGGGGGUAAGAGGCAAGUGUGAGGCGAGUGUGUCUCUUAGAGCAACAGCAGAGACGGUCUAUUCUCAGGCAACAGUUACUGGAUAUCUUCAGUGGACUUUCCAGCUUGUUUCGGACUGAAGAUACCCCCAGAGGUGGUUGUAAAGAGUCCACAGAGACAUUUUCCUCCCUCUUCACUGGAGCCCAUAAGGUCCUACCAUCACUUUAAGUCUCCAAGAUAUCCACGCCAACACAACCUGUGAAGUUAGCAACUCCUCCAGAAGUGGCAGAAACCUUUGGGAGAAGAGCCCAAUCUAAACCCACCAUGAGAGUCUCAGUUUCCCAACUGAACGUGUGCAGACCGAAUCCUACCUACCUGAUGCCAAGUGACUUCAGACGGGCCUACUCACCAGCUGAUGGAUUGGCAGUGAAAGAUCCCGGAAAGAAGAAAGUACAACUUGUGCACUGCAGACUGAGCUAUACAGAGGAAGACAGAAAGCAGGAAGUGAUUGGUGGCUCAGUAAAGAACCUGUUCUCCUCACAGCCUUCUUACCGGUCUUGUGUUUAUCACGAGGUGCCUCUGAGGUGCACUAGAUCCUUUGUGUUUUUGGACAAGCCACUUUGUAUUUCCCUUGUGGAACUACAGGGGAAAGGAGCACGUAAACCAGCUUUGUGUAGGUCUACUUUGUCAAUUCGCCUUGGUGCCUCGUCCUGCCACAGAUCCUCUAAAGAUAGCAAACCAGCCAAAAGCAAUGAGGGAUAUGUGAAAUCCAGAGCAGCCGUGUUGGACAGCAACCAACGUAAUGGCCGAGAGAGCUCUUCGGGUCGCUGCAGAGGCCCUCUAUCAAAGCACGGGGUCUACAGGUUCAACCGAACACCACCCGCUUGUGGUGUUAACAGCAAGAAUGAGGAUUCAGACAUGCACUGCCUCAGUAAUACUUUGGGAUUAUUGUCAUUCAGAGGGCCAGGUCCCUCAAACACAAAGACUGGCACACAGAAGGGGAAUGCAGAUGAGGCUAGCUUCUCUGCAUGGAGAAAUUUCAGGCAUAGGCAACACACUUUCGAAACUGGCUCAGUGGUCUCCGAAACAUGGAGCAAGCAAGAGAGACCUGCAAAGGGCAAAAAGAUGACUGUUCCACAGAAAACUGAAAGAGUUCCUACUUUGGAUAAGACCUGUUAUUAUGAUUCCCAACUGAAGACCAGUUCUCUAGAAGGCACUCCCAAGACUCUCAGCCUCCAAGAGGCUUUGGAGCUCUUCAGACCAGACUUCAUCAGCCAAUCUCAGGGUAGACUGAGGAGGUUGGAGCAGAGGGCUAGGAUAAGGAAAUCACUGCAGGACUCCAAUCCAGACCUGGUGCAGGGCCUUAGGGAAAAUCGUGUCAAGCAAAAGAGGAACUGCACCACACCAGAUCCACUUAGCGAUAACCUUUUCAAGCCUAGAGAGAGGUCUAUAUCGAGUAGAGAGAUGCAGCUGAGGUCCAGACGGAUUUACAACAUGCUGCCAGAGGUGACAAAGAGAAAGGAGGAGGAAAAAAGAAGGGCUGUAUCUCAAACCAACAGACUGCGGGCCGAAGUCUUUAAAAAGAAAAUUCUGGAUCAGGUCCUGCAAAGAUAAAUCAGACACCGGCGAAUGGGGAUACUUCACUGACCAGUCACUGAAUCUUCAAGUUUAACACUUUGCAAUAAUAAUUACUGUAUAACUCCUUUAAUUUCUUACUUAAGUCAUGCUAUGUCAUUUGAUGUUGUAUUUUUGCAUCCUGUAACCCAAAAAAAAAAUGAUAUUGCAGAUAUUGUCACCAGGCUUUUAUUAGUUGAGGAUAAUGUAUUUUGGCUAUUAUCUGUUACUGAUAUGAUUCAAUCUGACACUAAACAGAGAUGCCAGAUUAUUAUUAAAUAGGCAAUUUUGUAAAAGUAGUCUGCAGGUGAAAAUUGCAUGAAGUGAAAUCUGUGUGAGAUCAAUUGUGUGCAAACAAUAACAAAGCCCACACACCCCACCUACCACCGACAAUUGCUCAUUACCGACAAAUGUGAUGAGUUUAUCAGUUGUCAGGUCUUUUUUGCUGGUCAAAUAAACAUGCAGCAGUCAAACAAAACAGACAUAAUCAUCUAAAUUGACCAGUUUCUUUCCUGGUGGUUUUCUUCAUUGGAUAUAUCUUUUUCCACAAAUGUCGCUCAAGGGCUGCAAAAUAAACUGAAUGUAUCCCUCGGACAUUCUGCGUUAAAGUUAUUUUACAGGAAGUCAAGCCUUGGUGCUUUAACCAGAAAACCUUGGCUGUCAUUGUUUCUGUACAGUAGGUGUUCAUAAAGCAGGAGAGGGAGGCUAUGUUUCGUCAUUGACUUCACAUGUGCCUCGAGGCCUGUGGAACCUCCCAUCCGGAACAGUGGAAUUUCAAGCUAAUCGAACUCAGGAGACUUGCAGCACCCGUGAAAGGGGCCUUUGUCACACAGCUCCAAACCAAAGAUGACAUUGUAAUAAGAGAGGAGACUCCUGAGCACAGCCUGGGACCGCAGACCACAUAUACCUUGUAAAGGUGACUGACAACUCUGUGGCAUUUAAACAGUGUCUGCUGGGAUGAGGAGAGAAGACGGGAAGGACAUGUGCUGCAGGAAAAACACAGUAUAUUCAAAGAGUAAAUUCUUUGGUGAGUCAGUUGCUUUGGAGUAAAUGCAAAAUGUUACGUUAAAUGUUUA